AUGUAUGACGCGUGGGCUGUCUAUGAUGACAAAGCCAUAGGCUCACGCCCUGAUGGAAAGUUGCGUCGACCAAAUGUCGAACGUACUCUCGUCAAUAAAGUGAAGGCCAUCGCCUACGCUUCUUACAGAGCUAUGCUUUUCAUAUUCCCAGACGAUGAAAAGUGGCUGGUCGAGCAAAUGCGCAAGCAAGGCUUUGAUCCAACCGAUACCUCGACUGAUCCGUCGACCCCGCAGGGCGUAGGUAACGCAGCGGCAGCUGCAAUUAUCUCCUAUCGUCGACAUGAUGGAGCCAAUCAGCUUGGUGAUGAGAUAGGCUCCAACAAAGUCCCGUAUUCCGAUUAUACUUUCUAUCAACCGGCGAAUACGGUUGACAAAAUUGUCGAUCCAAAUCGUUGGCAACCGAUUGAAUUCGAUAAUCCUACUGGAGGAAAAAUUACACCUGGCUUUCUCACCCCUCAUUGGUAUCGUGUAAAACCCUUUGCCUUGCAAAGCAGCGACCAGUUCCGUGCACCACUACCUCCGACAGUCGAUUUAGCACAAUUACGCCUUGAAACCGAUGAGAUACUCUCAUACAAUGCCAAUCUCACUCUGAUACAGAAAGCUAUAGUCGAGUUCAUGCGUGAUGGUCCAAACUCUACGGGACAAUCGGGACAUUGGCUUCAAUUUGCCCAGAUGGUGUCGAGACGAGAUCGAAACGAUCUAGAUCGGGACGUUAAACUAUUCUUCACAGUGGCAAUUGCAGCAUUUGAUGCUUUUAUCGCAGCAUGGGACACAAAACGCUUUUAUGAUUCGUCUCGUCCGUGGACGCUUGUACGACAUUACUAUGCUGGUAGAAAAAUUAAGGGUUGGGCAGGUCCAGGAAAGGGUGUCAUAACGCUGAACGCCGAAGAUUGGCAUCCGUAUUCGCCAAUGACCUUCAUAACUCCUCCAUUUCCCGGUUAUGUCUCAGGACAUAGUACUGUGAGUGCCGCUUGUGCGACAGUCUUGCAAUUAUUCACUGGCAGCGAUAGUUUUAAUGAGACGGAGAAACGUCAAGCCGGACUCUAUACCGAGCCCGGUUUCGACUUUAUAUCGGGGAAAAGAGAACCACGAAUCUGUUUAUCUCGAUCCGACAGACCCGAACGUGGACAGGCUCGCAUUUUUUUACCAUUUGACAAUCUUGGCGUACGCGACUAA